AGAUUGAGACCUGCUCCAUUUGAUGAUGUGGAGAAAGCUGUUUUCAUGUGGUUUACUGAUUUAAGAUCAAAAAAUAUGCCCAUCAGUGGGCCACUCAUUCAAGAAAAAGCAAAGGUGUUAGCUGCAUCCUUGGGUCAUCUGGAUUUCACUGCAAGCUGGGGUUGGCUAAUACGCUUUCAAGAGAGGUUUGGGAUAACUGCCAGAAUUAUCUGUGGAGAGACAUCAGCAGUUAAACAGAGCACUAUUGCAAAAUGUUGGCAAAAAAGUGGCAUAUUUGAAUCAAAUUCUGAAGCUGAUUUGGCAGAAGAAGAUAUAGAGGGAAUGCAUGAUCAAGUCAACAAGGAUCUCUGGGACUCAGUUGUGGAGAGCUUGCCUGAAUUUCCCCAGAACCAGUUGAGUUUUGAAGAUUUUGUCAAUGCUGAUGAGCAACUCUUGGUUUCUUCAGAGCUCACUGAUGCUGAAAUUUUACAAAGUGUUUCACCUCAGUCUCAGCAUGAGGAAGACAGCUCAAAUGCUGAAAGUGAUGAUGAAGUGUCAAUCACAGAAGAGAAAACAACUUCUGCACAAGCCUUCAAAGGAUUACAAGAA